CGUGUGUCUUGGCAUUGUGGGAUAGCAUCAGGAGGUCUGCUGCGUUCCGUGUUGACUUCGUGUUUUACCGAAACACUUUUUCAUUGGACAUUAACGGAUUUUAACGAAUUUCAACAAUGCGAGGAGAUGAAACGGACUCGGAGUCCGUUAAAUCAGACGACGGCGCGAUUCGCGGAAGCCUCGAAGCGCUUUGUCAAGAGUUGAAUAUGGACGAAGAGACUGCGACAGAAGCGCUUCAGAACUUCAACUGCAUCUGGAACACAUACACACUAGAGGGUGAUGUUGUUCACUGGCUGGCGUGUUCUCUGUAUGCUGCCUGCAGGAAGAGCUCCAUACCCACUGUAGGUCGUGGAGUGAUGGAGGGCAACUGUGUUUCCCUGACAAGGAUACUGCGCUCUUCUAAACUCAGUUUGAUUCAGUUCUUCAGCAAGAUGAAGAAAUGGUUGGACAUGUCAAAUCUCUCGCAGGACUUCCGUAACCGUGUAGGUUGUCUAGAGCGCAACUUUGAAGUGUCGACAGUGAUUUUUCGUAAAUUUGAGCCAAUAUUUCUGGAUGUGUUUCAAAAUCCUCUGGGCGAACCUCCCCGCUUGCCAAGAAGCCGUAAACACCGGCGUCUUCCAUGUCACAUCAGUGAUGUCUUUAAGUUCUGUUGGACGCUCUUUGUGUAUACUAAAGGUAAUUUCCGUAUGAUUGGAGAUGAUCUGGUCAACUCUUAUCAUCUCCUGCUCUGCUGUCUGGACUUGGUGUUUUGCAAUGCUCUAAUGUGCUCCAAUUGGAAAGAUCUAAUUAAUCUACAUUUUACAGGUCUGCCCAAGGACACCGAAAACCUCAAAGAAAUGCCAUGCGUGAUUGACAGGUUGUGUGAAUUGCAUGAUGGGCUGGUGGUGGAGGCCAAAGGCAUAAAGGAACACUAUUUCAAACCCUACAUAAAGAUCCUGUUUGAGAAAAGAAUUCUAAAAGGUGAUACUGAGUCUUUUACUGAAUUGCUUGACCCCCUAAACUUCCAAAACAACAAUAAAGCCAUAAAUCGUGAGUAUGAGGAAUAUGUUUUGACUGUGGGUGAUUUUGACGAGCGAGUGUUUUUGGGUGCCGAUGCGGAUGAGGAGAUCGGCACACCACGCAAAUCCACUGCCGAACCUGCGUCAGGUCAACUCUCUGCUCGCAUGCAGGUGGAGAACAACCUUCAGCAACACUUUGAGAAGACGCGCUCCCUAGCUCCUUCUACGCCUCUAACGGGCCGUCGGUAUUUGAAGGAAAAGGAGGUGUUGGUUACCCCUGUGUCUUCAGCCACUCAAAGUGUGAGCAGACUGCAGAGUAUGGUGUCUGGACUCCGCAACACACCCAGUGAUGCUCUGAUACAGAUCUUUAAUUCCUGCUCUCGGAACCCCACUGAAGCUAUUCUGAAGCGAGUGAAGACCCUGGGCGAGAUGUUUAAAGAGGCCUACACGAAACCAUCUGAUGACCUACCAGGAGCACAUAUGGAUUUUGCAGAUAAUCGUCUCAAGCUGGCUGAGAUCUUGUACUUUAAGAUACUGGAGAACAUCAUGACACAAGAGAUGAAAAGACUACAGGGCAAAGACAUGGCAGUCCUUUUGGAGCAGGAGGUGCUGCAUUGCUCUCUGAUGGCGUGCUGUCUGGAGGUGGUGCUGUUCGCUUACAGCUCGCAAAGAACCUUCCCCUGGAUUUUAGAAGUCUUCCAGAUCCAAACUUUCUACUUUUACAAAGUGAUUGAGGUAUUCAUCCGCUCUGAGGAGAGUUUGUCCAGAGACAUGGUGAAACAUCUAAACAGUAUAGAGGAGCAGGUGCUGGAAAGCAAAGCCUGGAGUAGAGACUCUGCCCUGUGGAACGCUCUCAACAACGACAGCAAUAAAUUACCCACUGUAGAAGAGGUGAAUUUCCCCAGUAGUUUUGACACAGGCAACAGUACAGGGGGUCCCACUCACCUGCCAUUGGUGGCGCUUUCCCCCAUUAUCCACCCUCGCAUCAGAGAGGUCCGCACCGGCCUGGGAUCCAGUGCACGCAAAGAUGUCCCUCAGUCUCCCAUUUCGCUUCACGACCGCUACAGCUCUCCUGCCGCUGGCAGUGCUAAGAGACGCUUGUUUGGCGAUGACCCUCCACCUCAGUCCCCAGUGAAGAGAUUUUCAGUCACCCCAAUCAAAAUAAUUCCCAGUUCCACAGAAAACCUGAACGCCACUGGCACAGCAACUGUCUUUUCCAUGACAACUGGAACCGGCCAACAGCUGACUAUUCCACUGCCAGUGGUAAAGAAUGAGAUGGGCGGCUUCACUCUCAUUCAGCUUCAUGCCAAUGAGUUGAACCCCCUCACUGCUCAAGUGUUGCUGGCCGCCUCCCCCAGCCGAACCAUAGCUCCACCCACCGGACCAGAGACACACCCACAUGUCAUCAAACCCCGCCGUACCGGAUCACUCGCACUCUUCUUCAGGAAGGUGUAUCAUUUAGCCAGUGUGCGUCUGCGAGAUCUGUGUAUGAAGCUGGAUAUCUCAGCAGAGCUCCGGGGGAAGAUCUGGACGUGUUUUGAACACUCUCUACUGCACUGCACUGACCUGAUGAAGGACAGACAUCUGGACCAACUUCUGCUCUGUGCCGUCUACAUUAUAGCAAAGAUCACAAAGGAAGAGCACACCUUUCAGGAUAUUAUGAAAUGCUACCGAACUCAGCCUCAGGCCAACAGUCAUGUGUACCGCAGUGUUUUACUGAAGAGGAGUCCCAGAGAGCAACAGGCAGAUGAGAACAUGGAAGUGGAUCCACCAGCAGACCACUCCAAUGAGAGGACCGAAUCAGCUGGAAGAACGGAGGCAGACAGUGAAUCUGAGGAAAGAGGAGACCUCAUCCAGUUCUACAACUCUGUUUACAUUUUAAAGAUACAAUCAUUCGCUCUCAGAUACGCACAUUCAACGCUUGACGGCAAGAUGGAGGCUCCUCCAUUAUCUCCAUUCCCCUCAGUUCGUGCUCAGCCUAUAUCUCCUCGUCGUGUGUCCCAGAAACACUCUAUCUUUGUCUCACCUCGUAAGAAUGGCUGCAGUCUCACCCCCAGUGCUGCCUACACGUACAAGUUCACUGGAAGCCCUUCCAAGGAGCUGAAUGACAUUAAUCAGAUGAUCCGUCAGGGUGGGGUGAGUAAAAAGAGAGCGUUCACCAUGGAGGGAGACGAGACUGGGUCUCCAUCAAAAUGCCUCCGUCAAGAGAACGACGACGUGCUGCUCAAGCGCCUCCAGGAUGUCGUCAGCGAGAGAGCGAGUCUCUAACCCAUGACGUGACAAUCUCGAAUUGGUCAAGAAGCAAAACGGACCAAUUAUGAAGCCAAAUACUUUCCUUUUGCAGUAACGAUCGGAGUCUCUGAUUGUUUGAAAUGUGAGAUCAUCCAAUGCCAGCCAGUCACAUAUGUGCAAAACAGCACUGAUCAAUCAUAUCACAGAACAAUAUCAAAGCCAAAAAUCCACUUAUCUUCAAAGACCAAUAACAUGCAGCUCCUGUAUCAUGAUUGAUUUAUAUUAACCAAUCCCAAGUUGGGGUUUACUAUACCAGGUUUUCUGAAGAUGUCCGGUGUCGUUAUACACUUGAUUAUUUUAUAGACAUUUUUAUCAUGUAUUUUCAUGAUAUGCAAUGUACUUUUUGUAAUUAUUUGUAUCUUUAUUACAGAGAUAAUCUGUAGCCAUAAACUUUCUCAAUCAAAAGAGCCAUAGAGUUGGCAUCUUGUGUGUUAAUGGAGAUUUCCCAAUCAUUUGUGUCUCCUAACCUUCUGUAUGUUGCUAUAGUAAGAUGUUAGAAAGACUAAUUAAAUCAUUUGGAAUGUUCGUGCUCAAGGGGCUUUAUUGUAUUCCAAACAUUUUAUUUUAGGAAUUUGAGUUCUGGAGAUAUUUACUGGCAUGUCGGACAGGGCUAAUCUAACCUCUUAAAUGUUUUGAUAUUUUUGGUGCCAGGUGAUCCUGAAAUAUGUUUUGCAAAUAUACUACAAAUACAUGUGUAGUAUCUACACAUCUCAGUUUUAAUUUUUCAUUUCUUUUAAUGUUUGUUUUCUAGAAAAGUUAAGAUGUUUCUUUUUCCCCUCCCAUCUCCAGAAAUAUUUAACCUUGCGCUGCAUAUAACAUUAGCAUUGUAAUGUAAAGAUGAUUUGAAAAUUCACCAAAUUGGGCUGUAAAAAGGUGUGUGGUGUACAAUGACUUGUUUAACUUUGUUCAACACUGUUUGGUUAACAGUGAUCCUACUGUAAUUGGAUGAUUUGAUUCCACUCAUGUUUUCUGACUAAAUUAAUGUUCAAAGUUUAUUAGACACAUGCUCAAUGGAGUAGCAGUAGCACCUUAUUUGUGAAAAAAAUCUUGCUUAAUAUAACCCUGUAAGGUGUUUUUUUUUUUUUUUUUAUAACUCCCACUUCUGAUGUGUCUAACAAAUUCAGAAUUUUCCAUUUGUGCUUUUGUAUUUUACGCAAUGUUCCGGUUAUGUUUGUCUAUACAAACAUUAUAUUUUAAGAAAUAAUGGUCUUUCAGAUUGUAUGUUUUCCACCAAAAAAUGACAAGUUUGUAAAUUUGCUUUAAUGUACGUGUUGGUUUGACCAAGAAGCUGUUUGUCUAUUAUACCCAGGCAGUGCCUUA